GCGCGGCGGCGGCGCCUGCGCACAGCGACGCGGCCCGGCAAGAUGGCGGACAAAGAGAAGAAGAAGAAGGAGAGCAUCUUGGACCUGUCCAAGUACAUCGACAAGACGAUUCGAGUGAAGUUCCAGGGGGGCCGGGAAGCCAGUGGAAUCCUGAAAGGGUUCGACCCCCUGCUCAACCUCGUGCUGGACGGCACCAUCGAGUACAUGAGAGACCCCGACGACCAGUACAAGCUCACGGAGGACACCCGGCAGCUGGGCCUGGUGGUGUGCAGGGGCACCUCCGUGGUGCUCAUCUGCCCGCAGGACGGCAUGGAGGCCAUCCCCAACCCCUUCAUCCAGCAGCAGGACGCCUAGCGCCCGGGGCCGCCGCUCCCCGCGCCCCGGACUCGGGCUCCCACAGAAACGGAACUUUCCUUUUUGUAUAGUUUAUGUUUUUGUUUUCUUAAUAAAAUGGCAAACUUCACGUGUC